AUGAAGGGCAGCAAGCCAUUUAAAGACGCGAUGAUUCGGCCCUCGCUGUCGCUCAUAUCGCUCUCGUUGCAGUUUACGCUGUCACCAGGAAAACGGUCGUUGGACUCGGUCACGCAGCGUCAAGAAAACCGUGGAGCUUUUAAGAUUCAGAAGACGCAGUGA